AUGGGUCAUUUGAGCCCCGGUAAAUACAUAUACGGCAUCUGGGAGAAGGACAUUUCUUACCAGCUUGGUUGGUCCCGCAAGCUAUCGACUCCUGAAGCCACUGCGACGGAAUGGGAGCACGCGUAUCCCCAGCCCACCUUCUCCGGGACAAACUUGCCUGGCGCUGUCGAGUUUGAUGCAGACAACCGAGGAGCAUACACGCCCUCGUGA